UUCCAACCCGGCCAUCAACAGCCAAUCCAACAACAAUCCCCCCCCGGCCUCGAAACAAAGAUGAACCCUUCUCCCAUCUACGACCAACUCCCCGUCGGAGGUGGGUUGACGGACGAGAAGGGUCAGGUGAAGGUCGAGAAGUACAGGGCGAGCGGAAAGUUGGAAGGAAGAAAGGCGUUGAUCACGGGUGGUGACUCCGGUAUCGGCCGCUCCGUCGCCAUUCUCUACGCUUUGGAGGGCGCAGACGUGGCUAUCGUCUACCUCCCUGAGGAACAGGAAGACGCCGCAAUCACCCAAUCCCAAGUCAUCAAAGCCGGCCACAAAUGCGUCCUAAUCCCCACCGACAUCCAAACCGAAGCAAACUGCAUCUCGGCCGUCGAACGCACCGUCGCAGAGCUGGGCGGUCUCGACAUCCUCGUCAACAACGCCGGGUACCAAAUGGAACAAAUCACGAUCGAGGAUAUCACCGAAGCCCAACUCGACCGCACUUUCCGCACGAAUAUCUAUUCGCAGUUCUUCCUUACCAAGGCCGCGCUCAAGCAUAUCCCGCGCGGUGGAGCGAUCAUCAACUGCGCCUCCGUAAACCACUACAAAGGCCACCCUAAACUCUUGGACUACACAGCAACCAAGGGUGCGAUCGUCGCCUUCACUCGUGCGCUUUCACAGCAGAUUGCGGAUAAGGGUAUCCGUGUUAACGCUGUUGCGCCUGGUCCCAUUUGGACUCCGCUCGUUGUUGCGACGAUGGGGAAGGAAAGUUUGGAUGGGUUCUCUGGAGUUCCGUUGGGGAGGGCGGGACAGCCGAGUGAGGUCGCUACGUGCUUUGUUUUCUUGGCUGGGCCGGAUAGCAGUUUCAUGACCGGGCAGACGUUGCACCCCAACGGUGGUACUGUUGUUAACGGAUAAACGUGAUGUUUAUUGUCGUGAAUCAUAUACGUGCAUAGCAUACCUUAGGAUAAGAUUU